AUGUCAAGUCAACAAAAUUCACAGAAUUAUCGAUCUACAGGAAGUUACUUCAGCCCAUUUAGAUAUCAAAAUAUUAAAAUAAAUACUGAAUUUACUCCGAUUUUUAUCAAAGAACUUGAAAAUUCUGUAUUUAAUAUUAAAAAGUAUAUAAGAUUGGUUGGAAUAAUACUUAAUAUAAAAAAGAAGCAGAAAUAUGUGGAAUAUACUAUUAAUGAUUCUUCAGGAACUAUUCGUGUGAUUUUUUGGUUUGACCAAAAUAUAAUAAACGAAGUUAAUUUAAUUGGAAGUAUAGCUAGAGAUAAUCCGGCACUUGGGACUUUAGUUGAUAUACGUGGUACUAUAGACAAGUAUAAUAACAAGAUUCAAGUCAAAUGUUUUUUACUAAGAGUAGUAGAUGAUCCAAAUUUUGAGUCUUUUUGGUGGAUUAAACUAUAUGAAUCAAGGAAUAGAUAUUUGUCCAGAUUAACGACUCAAAUCCAAACUUCAAAUAUAGAAAUAAAUCAAUAUACCCCUUUAAGACAUAAACUAUGUACAAUCAACGAAGAUUCAAGUAAUAAUAAUUUACUAAAUUCAAGAAAUGUUGAGAUCUUUAAAUGCACGUGUAAAUGUCAUAGUAACAGUAGUAAUAAUUUCUCUUUAAGUAAUUCAAUUCAAUAUAAAAUUAUAUCAAGACAAGUGGCUUAUUCUUUAAGGAAGCUUGUAAUGGGUAAUUUAGUGAGUUACUCUGAUAGUCCAAGUAAACAACAAAUACAUUUUGCUAUAAAUAAAAUGCUUAAUUGUAUUUGUAACAAAAAUCAUAUACUUAGUAAUAUCCCUGUAAGUUUAUUUUUAUGCAAAUAUUAG